UGGAGAGGAAUGUCAACCUUUCAUGCUCUCCCAAGUCCUGGAAUGCCGACCUUCACCGGAGACUCUGUGAAUCUGAGUUUGUCUGGACUUGACGACCUCGAUCUGGCGGACCUUUCCGUUCCCGACGCAAUGGACCCAUAUCAACACCACUCCAAUCCUCACCCAUAUCCGAAGCUUCAUGCCCCAACCACGCUGGCCCCGGGCGUUGAACCGUUCGCGGCGGGCGUUGCCUUCGCCUACCCUUCGACCGACGAUGCCUUUGCUCCAUCCUUCUCUCCCGUUGACCACAUGAGCGGUCACGCUUUUUCUCAAUAUCCCCACGACCACCACGGGGCGUCUCGUCUGGAUGAUCUGACCUCGCCCAUCUCCCCCAUUCAGCCCCACUACAGCUACCAGACCCCGUACCCGGACAGUGCUGCAUCGUCUGCCCCCAGUGAGGAUCCUGCCAUUGCCGAUGCCGAAGAGGAUAAGCGGAAGCGCAAUCAGGCCGCUUCGGCGCGGUUUCGCCAGAAGAAGAAGCAGCGCGAGCAGCACAUGCUCGAACAGACUCGUGGGAUGCAGGAUAAGAACAAGAAGCUGGAGACUGAAAUCGAGGGCUUGAAGCGUGAGAACUUGUUUUUGAAGAAACUGCUGGUCGAGAAGAUUGAUAAUAUGACCGAGGACGAGAGAAGCGUUUUACUCAAAGCGACCAACGAAGGUCACAAUAGUGACUGA